AUGAAGUUUUCCAUAGGUUUGGCGGUAGCGCUCACUGCGAGUGUAGGAGCGUCUAGUCGCAUAAAGAGGCAGUUCGGAUAUCCUGAUGUGGAAGACUGCGGAUUGGACGCGUUUGAUGGGCAUACCACGCCCACAGGCACACCCAGCUGCGGCAUCGUCGCAUACGUCAAGACCACGCCAGCCUACUACUUCGAGUCCAGCGGUACAAAGAACACGUUCCAAGCUUGCAGCGCGCUCUGCAAGGCCGAUAGCAAGUGCCUGAGCUUCGGUUAUGGAGAAGCGAACUGCAUGCUUUUCGAUGUAACCGCUAUCGACAACACCAACUACAAUCCCAUGAGCCCGUACACAUUCUACGACGCCGCAUGCCCCGCAGAGCUACCCGUACGUAAGCGCCAACUGGAUAUCUCGCUUGGUGGGCCAGGUGGCAUUCACAUCUCGCUUGGUCUCGGUAGUGGCGAGAUCUCUUCUGCUUGCUCGUGCUUCAUUACGAGGGGCCCUGCUAGUACGACAGUUACAAGGACAGUUUCCAGCGCGGUUGUUAGGACGAGUACUGUGAUCAGCACUGUCACUAGAACGAGGGCAGCUGGUGCUGAGUAA